CGAAAGCAGUCAUAUGCAAAGCAGUAAGAGGCCUUGCUCAGUGCGACUUAGUAAAAAUGACACAAAUUAAUAUACUCUACUUAAACCAGACCAAGAUUAAUGGUUCUCUUUCAGUGCAGCUUAGCCCAACUGUCACUCGACAGGCGUUUGUCGGACAAAAUCAACACUAAUCAACAUUUAUUCGUCUCUUGCCCUUGGGUCUGAGGAGCGAGAGCGGGCUGCGCCAUUCUCCCGCUCGUCUCGCCACGCUUUUCACCCUCCAUCCAGCUUCGCCAUAUAUCACCCUUCCUCCUGGUGCCUCUCCUCGGACGGAUCCACAUACUCAGCUAUCAGGGUACAUUAGAGGCAUGAUAGAUUUUCUGUUUUAAUUUACAUCUAUUAUAUUACAACAUAACAGAUUCUGAUUCAGGAGAGACCAACGUCUCCUAUAGGCAGACUCCUUGGGAGGAUUUCUGCAUUAACUUAUUAAGGUUCGUUAGGAUGCAGCUUCAGAUAGACUCCCUUGCCCGUUCUUUCCUUGUCUCCCUCUCUCCCUCUCUCUCUCCCUCCCUCCCCCCUCUCUGGCAAGCUCAGUGAAGAUGUCUGGGUGCACCUUCUUCACAAGCACAGCUCAUUCUCUUUAGACUUGGCUUCCUCUGCUGGGUCACAUGAGGCCGGCUUCCUCCCGUACUUUCUGAUUGGACUUUGAUCAGCCUACGGUGGGAGUUGUGGGCCCCCCUUUCCUGCCUGGGUAAAUGGGCCUUGACAAAUCUGGUGGCUUAGAGUCAGUGGGCACCCCCUCCCAGACUUUAGUCCUAGCCCCCAGCAUCUUCUUUUGCUUUUUUUUUCCCUUUUGGUCUCAGUUACAGUUAGAUUUUAUUUUUAUUGAAACACAGUUCUACAGAGACAGAGGGAGAAAACAAAAUUGGUUGGGCUAACCAAGGAGAAGGAAGUUGAAGGGAGAACUGAAGGAGUGAGUUGAAACAAGGCUGUUUUCCUCUGUACGUGACCAUCUUGGAAGCAUCUUACUCCAGUUUGGAACAGGCUGGCUGAGUCCAGCUUGUUUCUGGCAUAUGAGAUAUAUGUAUGUAUCGUUCCCUCAUAAAGUGCCUUUCCACCUCAUUUAUGAAAUUGGCUUUUUAUUUUUAUCCUUUCUCUCCCUUUCUUUCACCAGAGAUGUAGUGUUGAGUACAUCUUUUAUUUGAUGAUGUAGUAUUUCCCCUUGAUUUUUGGUGGGCCUGGAGCAUUUAUGACUGUUGACUAAGGUCACAUUAAGCUUGGAUAUCUAGUCACCUGUUUGCUGGCUGCAGAGAAGAGCUUGAGAAGGGGACAGAAAUCCUCCCCUCUGCUCACCUCCUUUUACCCUGUAGUACUUUACGCACGGACACCGUGGCUUUGUCAAAUGCCCAGGGAGACUGUGUCUUUCUUCUCAAAUUGGCUGUAACGCUAGAUCCUUGGCCACUUAGAAGGCCUGAGUUUAUUAUUUUUUCCACCAAGCUGUCGAUUCUAAACAGGAGUAAGGUUCCUUUUGUGGGCAGAAUGCCGAGGAGCCCCGGGCCGAGUUGGGGACGUGUGGUCUGCGUGUGUUUGCCUGUGGCUGCUGAGUGUAGGAUGUGUUAGGAGGAUAGCUGAGGACUUCCAUUUUGGUUUCUUAUUACGCAGCAAUAAAGUAAAUGAUGCUUAGUAUAACUUUGCACUUACAGAACUGUAGCUCGAUUUGAGAAACAAAACUCCACCAACAGGAGUGCUCAGUAUCUUGAGCUUGGGAGACUGACCUCGUUAAUUUUAAUGAGGGGAAAAAUUCUCCAGCUGGGGCUGAGAAGAAAGUGAAAUACCGAUGAGGUUAUCACUUUGGAUGAUCUCACUGAUUUCAGAGUAGAAUUGGAAUGAUGUUUGGAGAGUUUUCUAAAAUCCUGUGGAGAGAUUUAGAAGAGAAUACAUCUGCCCUUGAUGAUAUUAAGGGGCUGCUUCCCCUGGUGGGCAGAGCAGAAUUCUACAUUGUCCCUCUUAAAGGUGCUAUUAGAAAGGUGAACAUAUUAAAAAGUUAGGCUGAAAGAAAACCGAAAGAAAAACUGAAUUAAUGUGAUUCUUAUGUGGGUCUAGCCUGAAAACAAUGGAGCUGGUCUUAGAGUGGCCGAGACAGUUGACUAGAAGCCAAGGGCUUCUGAGUUCAAGUGCCUGCUGGGACGCUAGCUUCCAGUGGGAUUUGGGGCAUCUGUUUCUUUAUCACCCAAAGGCAGGAGGUGGGCUGAGGGCGUCCUGUUUUACAGUCGGCAGCUAUUUGAUUUGAACAGUAAGUUGAUGACUUUGGCCCUGCCGUUAAGGAGCUGACAGAUUGUGACCAAUGAGGUUAGGAUGACUGUAGGACAGUUUUGCCCUCGGUUAGGAGGGGCUUGCCAAGUUCCACUGACAUUGGUUGGGGACCACAGAAGGAAGCAUCAUCAUGUAAGGUAUAUGGCCCCCUUACAUUAGCCUGGUCCACAACACGGCUGAUCCUAGGAAAAAGAUCAUUCUGCCAAUGAAUUUUUUGAAGGUGUGGGGCAGACAGCACAGCAUUUCUCCUCCAAAAGCUCAAGCUUGCUGACUCAGUCUCUUUUCUCAUCUUUCUGGCAUGUCACUGCACUCAGUAGAAGAUUUGUGCAACCAUUGGGUACAAAUUCAAGUGUUACCAAAGGGACACUUUCCGAUUAAAUGGGACCAUCUUGCUCUAGGGGCCAUCUGGCUAUCAGUGGAAUUUUGCAGGGUGGGGGUCCAUUAAUACUUGUAACCUCCCUUGAAAUUCAGCCUUUUUCUCUGCAAGCUGGAAGACAACAGUUCAGGGCACUUGUGCUGCUGCUAUGGCUGUGUGUGUAUGUGAUGGGAAAUGCUGGUUGCCAAGCAGCAGAGAAUGGACAUAAUCGUGCUGCCUAGCAACAGCGGCAGCGUGGUCACUUACGCAGAUUUCUGCGCCUCUUCCUGUUUGGUCUGCUGGAAAAUACAGAUGGCUUCCGUGGGUUGCUGUCUGCCCUAGUCACAAUGAGACGUAGGUAACCCUGGUGAACCACGGUGGAUAAAUACACAAGUGCAGGCUUUAAAAUAAUUACUUUCCAAACUGUCAAGGGCUGAUUGCUGAUUUUUGCACAGCAUUCCUCAGUUUCCCCUUUGAAGUUAUUGUGCACAACAGGCCAAGUAGGUUGGCUGUUAAGCCAGAAGAGGAAUCUUAGAAAAGUCCCAGACUUCUCUGGAUGCUGCCUUUACUGAGCCUGGUGAGCCUUUACUCCGCACGUGUGAAUAAAAUAUGAAACAGUCAAUUUUCUGAUAAAGACACACACACACACACACACACAAUGUGAAAAAGGCAAGAGGAGCAGAGCGUGACUACCUAUUGUUCUUUGGGGACUGAAGAACAAAGCAGGCAAGAGAAAGGCAGGCCAUCCCUGCUGGCUUGCCCUUUCUCCCAGCUCUGACCAGCACCUCUCACACGUGACACUCCUCAGUGAGGUCACCUGCUCACUACAGAUGCCAAGGACGCUUGCUUGGCACAGACCUCCUGGGUCAGAGGGCCGGCCUUUGCUCUUCUUGGCGGUUCUGUGUAUGGAGCACUGGGAGUGUUUGCAGCUGAAUGCUUAAGGAAGAUAUUAUCUGGCAGUGGGAAAAGGGAGUGAGUCUGUGCUCUCUCCUACCCCUCUCGGUUUUGAGUAUCCGGGGAGCCCAGGAAGAGGAGCCAACAGACCCCCAGCUGAUGCGACUGGACAACAUGCUGUUAGCAGAGGGGGUGGCGGGGCCAGAGAAGGGCGGUGGCUCGGCUGCGGCAGCGGCAGCAGCGGCAGCUUCUGGAGGGGCAGGUUCAGACAACUCAGUGGAGCAUUCCGAUUACAGAGCCAAACUCUCACAGAUCAGACAAAUCUACCACACGGAACUGGAGAAAUACGAGCAGGCUUGCAAUGAGUUCACCACCCACGUGAUGAAUCUCCUGCGAGAGCAAAGCCGGACCAGGCCCAUCUCCCCAAAGGAGAUCGAGCGGAUGGUCAGUAUCAUCCACCGCAAGUUCAGCUCCAUCCAGAUGCAGCUCAAGCAGAGCACAUGUGAGGCCGUCAUGAUCCUGCGCUCCCGGUUUCUGGAUGCGCGGCGGAAGAGACGGAAUUUCAACAAGCAAGCGACGGAAAUCCUGAAUGAAUAUUUCUAUUCCCAUCUCAGCAACCCUUACCCCAGUGAGGAAGCCAAAGAGGAGUUAGCCAAGAAGUGUGGCAUCACAGUGUCCCAGGUAUCAAACUGGUUUGGAAAUAAGCGAAUCCGGUACAAGAAGAACAUAGGUAAAUUUCAAGAGGAAGCCAAUAUUUAUGCUGCCAAAACAGCUGUCACUGCUACCAAUGUGUCAGCUCAUGGAAGCCAAGCUAACUCACCCUCAACUCCCAACUCAGCUGGUUCUUCCAGUUCUUUUAACAUGUCAAACUCUGGAGAUUUGUUCAUGAGCGUGCAGUCACUCAAUGGGGAUUCUUACCAAGGGGCCCAGGUUGGAGCCAACGUGCAAUCACAGGUGGAUACCCUUCGCCAUGUUAUCAGCCAGACAGGAGGAUACAGUGACGGACUCGCAGCCAGUCAGAUGUACAGUCCGCAGGGCAUCAGUGCUAAUGGAGGUUGGCAGGAUGCUACUACCCCUUCAUCAGUGACCUCCCCUACAGAAGGCCCUGGCAGUGUUCACUCUGAUACCUCCAACUGAUCUCCCAGCAAUCGCAUCCCGGCUGACCCUGUGCCCCAGUCGGGGCAGGGCCAGGAGGGAGGGUUUCUCUCCCAACGCUGAAGCGGUCAGACUGGAGGUCGAAGCAAUCAGCAAACACAAUAAGAGUCUCCUUCUCUUCUCUUCCUUGGGAUGCUAUUUCAGCCAAUCUGGACACUUCUUUAUACUCUCUUCCCUUUUUUUUCUGGGUAGAAGCCACCCUUCCCUGCCUCCAGCUGUCAGCCUGGUGUCCGUCAACUUCCCUGCCCCUGUCCCUCUGUCCUAGACUCCCUGGGUCCCUGCCCUCUAUUACAUCACUGAAGGAUAUUUUCAACAAUUAGAGGAAUCUAAAGAGAAAAAAAAAUACAAAGAAAAUAAUAAAAGUGUUUGUAUGUUUUCAUGCUGGUGGUUUGAGGAGCCAAAUUUACCUCACUCGGAUCCCUCGCUCCCUUUGUUAACAGGCAAUCCUUCUCUGUUUCUCUUGUUACUCUCACUACCUCUUAGCAGGAAUACGCCACAUUGCCCUACUCAUUCCAGGCCUCCCUGCCUCGUCUUGCUCUUCCCUCCAUGGGAACAAUCCUGAUUAGAACACUUUCCUCCUCUUCCUUCCCAGCCCCAGGUAUUCACUGGGGACGGCCAUAGCUGGGCUUCUAAAGGUGCCACAUUCUCCACUUUCAGCUCCACUAGGUUGAUUCCCAGGCAGGAAGUCAGACAGCAGGAGAGAGCACAAGGAACAAGAAGGGCAGAAUUCUUCGAGGCUUUCUCAUCCUCCUUUAACAGCUCUUGGUUUCAGAGGCACAGUCUUUGGAGACCCUGCAACACUUAGUGAGCAAUGUUCAGAAGCUACUGCAAAACCAGGUCCAAGUUAGGCAUGGUGAUGAACGCAUCACUAAGGAGAAGAGGGUUCUUAUCCUGAAAGCCUUCACCUACUCCUUCUCUCACACACACACACACACACACACGCACAUGCAUAGUCUCAUACAUUCACUUUCGCAAGGUCAGUCACAUGCCACGUACAAAUACUUACGUUAGUAACCAUAGCAUUAUGCCUUGUGAGCCCAAGAGAGGGAAUUAGCAACUCUUAGUGAAGGUCACUGACACAGAGAAACAGUAUAUGCCUGGGGCCUCCAGGACUUGCAGGUCCCCCAGCAUGCACACCCGAGAAAGACAUACACAAGACUGGAUCAUGAUGAAGACCAGGUUUGCGGUGUAAACUAUUCCUGUUCCCACCACCUCUGGAGCUCUCAGGGAGCCACAUACAGAACUUACAAUGUCUGUAAUGGAUUUGGUUCUCUUUUGUUUUUGUUUUUGUAUUAGGGACGUUGCAUUAAUUAUCCAAAGCGUUAUAUGGCACCACAUUCUUGUUCUAAAGGAGAGAGUUGUGUAAGAACAUGGCUCAAGCGGACUUUUUGCUAGCUUAAUUUGAAGACCUGAGAGUGAUGGGGAAAGGGGAGAUAAUGUUUUCAGUGACAUCAUCACAGUGAUUUUCAUUCCCUGGAAAUAUGUAAGAGAGAGGAGUAUAUAGUAGAAAGCUGUUCUCUAAUGUCACCUGAGCUUACAUUAUUCAUAGCCAACUGUCCCAGCAAUAAAGAUGGCAGCUCUGUCACUUGACUGUGUGGGAGGUGGUCAAAUCUCUUGGUGCCCCAUUUUCUUUGUAAAAUGGGGAUUAUUAUUCCUGGCUCAUACGCAAUCUGUAAAUGUGAAAUCAGAGGAAGUAGUGUCCCUGAGAUAAACUGGUUCGUGCCAUGUGGGGAUAAUAAAUGGUUUUCCUAUUCUAACUUCUGGUCACCAUCAGUACCGUGAUGUUAUCACCAUGAUGACAAAGAGAAGAGGUAUUGUUGUUGCUUUUUUUUUCAUUUCUUUUGUUCUGUUUGGUUUCUUAGAAUAGAGAUAAGCUUCCAAACUAGAAACAUAGGACUUGGUUCUCUUAGUUUGUAUUUGAAUCCAAUAUGUGGCCUUGUAAGUACUUAGUCCCCUGUUAUAUCUACUCUGUUUGAGAGGUCUCUGGAAGAAGUAUAAGACCUUGAGGGGUGAGGAUGGCCAGCUAACAAGGUCAUGGAAAUUCUGCAUGGCACUACAGUAAUGAAUAGAAAAUGCUCCUGUGUGUGUCUUGGGUGGGUGGGUGGGAUACCUCAGAAAUUGGAGGGUAUGUGUAUUUGAGGGAAAUGCAAAAAGUAAAUAUUUGGCAACAUGGGAUUAUGCCUUCAUAACUAAGAGCAGUAGAAAGACUGUGUCUACUAACCUGUGCCAUAACCAGAGCAGGGCUCGAUAUAGAGGAUUCCUAGAAGGAGCUAUUUUGUGACAACUUGGUAGUGAUUAGAGCCAGUGGAGAACUUUGUUUUAGUGGCAGAGAUAUAUUGAAACUACCCACACAGGAAUACCGUUGGAUCACAUCCGCCUGACUUUGGGCAAAGUACAAAAGAGACACAAAAGGGUUCUCUUGGAAACAAGGAAGAAUGAUUCCAGAUUUGGGUUGAAUGAUUGCCAUUUUAAGUUAUGAAAAAGAUCAGAGCAGUGCUACAUUUGCACAGGCAGUUUCUCUCCCUGCAGUAGUUUGCACUGAUUAUCACCUCUCACAGCAUCUUCCCCACCCAGCACUUCACUUAGUCCUCGUUGUAUCCAAUACCUCUCCCACGAUCUCCCCGCCAUGCCCACGAUCACAUCCAAUAUGGUGGCCACAAGGUCUCUCCACAUUAAGCAAAGCAUGAAAGAACACUAGCAGCAGAAGGAUGAGGAUGGAAAGAGCGUGCCUCUGGAAAGACAGCUCCCUGGGAAUUUAUAUUAGGUCAAUCCUACAGAUACCAAAAUGUGCCCCAGGGCUCCAUCAUUUUCUAAUGAACGUGGGAGCACUCCAUUUUCCCUGGAAGCAAAUUUCCCCUGAGAAAUGAUACUAGCCCUUGGGUUUACCCAUCUUGCAACUUCGUCAUAUCCUCUUUUUCAUCCCUAACUCCUCUUGGUGUGGAAUUGACUCCCAUGCAGUACUUAUGCCAAGUGGCACCUUCUUUACAUUUAUUUUGUAUUUGCUGUGGUGGUGGUUCUUUAUUUGCUGGUUGCCUUUUCUCACACAUAUCUUUUACCCCUCUUUCCUUCUGAGUUUUAUUUUUCUGCCCAGAAAAACCUGACUUCGAUACCAAAAAAGAUAAAACUACAGAAACUCAAAUUUAAAAAAAACUUAAAAAAAAACAAAAAAAUACUCAACGAUUCUUUCAGCUUUAUUAACAUUUUCCAUUGUUUCUUGCGACUUGUGUCUCGUUCUUUGUAGUAUUGAUGAUGAACAUUUGAUAAUGAAUGUUCUUGUAUAUUCAGAUAAAGAAAAAAAACCAAAAAAGCGGUCUGAAUUUAAUAGUGUUUAUAAUAAAAAUUUUAAAAAUGACCCUCAUAGCACGCAAAACAGGAUGGGGAAUUUCCCCUCUUUUUUCUGUGACAAUGCGCAUCAUUCCUGCAUUAGUUUUUAACACCAAACUACCUACAUUCAUCAUUUCCCCCAUUUUUCUUUUAUUUUCUUGCAUUUGUGAAUUAGUUCAAGAAUGCUAGAAAAGUGUCGAGUUGUGCACAUCCAUUUCCUGUUUCACAAUGUUUAAAAGUGACAGUAAUUCAUUUUGUAAACUAAAAAAAAAAGGUUGGAAUAGUAAGCAUAAUAGGUACAACCUAACACGUUAUUAUGUUUAUUAACUUUGAGACCCAGAAAUAAAUUCUUUUCUUUUCUUUAUUCCUGCUCUUUAAAAUAUAAAAAAAAAAAAUUAUGUUUUGUUUUGUGUUAUUUUUGGUUUGUUUAUGGGGGGGCUUUUUUAAUUGUCAGGAUUAUGAUCUUGCUGUUUUUACUCCUUAAAUAUGUAUACCAGGUGAUGUGAAAAGAUGACAUUGGUAGAGUAGGCUGCUUCCUUGUCCUUCUACUUUGCUUCAGAAUUGUUGACUUCAAGAACAAAGAGAAAGCCCAUGUUGCUAUCACAUUGCUCACUUGCGUUUCCACAGUGUGUGGCAUUCCUGCAGUCCCUGAGAAAAACGAAGUCAGAGACUUGGAUUCUCCUUUUGGUCCUUUAAAAAUUCAAGGAAUAGUUCCAGGGGACCUUUUGUAUUGUAGGGAAAGGUUUUUGCUUCUGUUGAUUGUAGAUGUCACCACAAAAUGCUUUCUUUUCUUUCUUCUUGCUUAAUAACAACAUUCCACGAGGCCUCUUUCAACUAGGGAGGAUUUUUCUUCCAGAAGAAUCCCACAGGAGAUACUGGAGUGAUGAGUACCAUUGGCUACGUAGACUAGAGCCGGGAAGCCAUCCCUCUGGCCAGUCAGCCUGCUGAUCCUUUGAGUUCUGAUUUUGAGUGAAGAGUUUGGUGAGAAAUUGAGCCAGAUUCAAUGCUGUCGUUAUAACAUUGAGAGGUUACGUUUGAUUCAUUGACAGCACACCUCUUAUGAACCUCUGAUUUAGAAUUGUCAAACUGGAUUGGUUCGGAAUGUUUUUAUUAGUGAUAGGAGAAAAGAAAGCAAUACGAUCUGGAAGAAACUUGUUUUAAACAUCUUUCAUUCAGCAAAUGAUUAAGUGUUCAGAAAGCAGCCAGAACCUAAGCAAGAAAAGUGAGGAAAGAAUGCGGAAUUGUGAAGCGACCCUUUAGGAAGUGUUUCUACCCAAACACGUGCACUCUUGUUUUUAAGUCAUAACAAAAUAAUGACGAGCUUUUCACAUCACCUUUACGGUUUCAAUCCCUAGCUCAAAGCUUCCUGGAAUCUUUUAUUUUUUGUAAACUUUUUUUCCUUUUGUUAAAAUUAAUAAAACAUUCAAUGUUUUCCCCCUUUUCUCUCUUAUGACUUCUUUUCUUUCCUUUGGCGUUUUCAAUUAUUUUGAAGUGCUUUCCUUUGGUUGGUUUUAUUCUUACGCUCUCUCUCCCCUCUUCUUAUUAUUCAGAGUAUAAACCUGCAAAGUUCUGCUCUGUUUUGGUUUUGAAAGUUUAAGCUUUUCUGCUUCUGUGAGAGCACAGGCUUCUGUCCCUUUUGAUUCCAACUGAACUUUUGUGUUCUCUAAUGAUACUAACACGGUGUAGGUUUUACAGUCUCCUAAUUUGUACUGGUAAUGCAUAUUCCAAAUAAAUAGUUUCUUUUGUUGCAAAAAAA